AUGCGACAAGCCCUCAGCUUCAUUGCUUUGUCGGUGAUGAUCACACUGGGUGCCAGCUCACCAGGUGCAUCUAUCAUCGUCUUCGAUUCAUACCCGAGUUCGGAAGUUUCUGGGAUUUCUCUCAUACCAAAUGAUGCCGCUCAGAGACUUCUUGAUUAUCGAACAAAAUCCCCUAUCUUGACUGAUCUCGGCCAGCCGGAUCGAGACACUGUUCGGCUUCUCAACCGAUAUGGAGGGAAACAGCCCUCAUUGUUUGACAAUGUUGAUACGAGUGAACCUUCAAAAUACACCAAUCUCAUCAUUUUACAAGGGCUGGAUCCUGCGACUGAGUCCUACAUUGAAAGCGAGUAUAGGGAGAGCAUGAUCCCCUUUAAUUAUGAAACAGUUCUUCUGUAUGGCAACUCUCCCAGUCCAAGUGUCGAUGAAGAUGGCGAAACUGGGAAUCGCUGUCUCUUCUAUCCAAAUAGCAAGCAAGAAAAAUUAGAGGAAUUGCAGGCAUCUUGGUCGUGCUUUCCGAAAGAAUCUACUCUCAUGGAAGCUUUUCAGGCACUUGGCGCGGAACUGCCCAACCACCUUGAAUUCGUAGAAUCGGUGUUUGACCGUCAGCGGUCCGUGGCAAUCUGGAGGCUAUAUUUCAAGUCUCCACAGCGAUCCGCACACCACAGGGCCUUGAUCAAGCCAUUGGAGUCGUUUUUGAAUGAAAUUCGAUUGCUCUCACUCAAGGGCACCGCGAUCACAGUGAUGUCCUUGCCAAUGUCAGAUGGAUCUCAGAGCCUUGACAGGCGUAACAGGUUUGAAGGCGGGGCUCUAAAUAAGCCCACCGGUCCUUCAACGGCGCAAUUGUUCCGAAGAAAAUCAUCUAUCCCGAUGCCUUCGGGUCCAGUUUGCCAUGUGUCCAAUUCAUCAUGCAAUGAAGCAACAAAUGGCUGUUCCGGACAUGGAUUCUGCGAAAGAAAAUCGCUACCGGGAAGUGGUUCUGCUGGCAGUGACUGUUAUUUCUGCAGGUGCCAGGACACCAUUAUCAGGAAUGACGAUGGUACUACGCAGAGGUUACGAUGGGGCGGUUCUGCUUGUGAGAAGCAAGACCUGAGUUCUCCCUUCUUUCUAGUAGGGUUUGUCAGCAUCUUAGCUAUUUUGAUAGUCGGGGUUGCCGUUGGGAUGUUGUUCAAGGCUGGGCAAGAUGACAUACCCGGUGUCAUAAAUGCUGGGGUGGGAACGGUGAAAGCACACUCAUAG